AUGCUUCCCUCGGCUUUGUGCUGGCUGGCUGCAGUGCUGGCGCAACCAUCUCCGCAGUCAUUGCUGGCAUCGCCUCACCUGCACGGGCAGGUCAGAUGGAGCUGGUGCGAGGGUUACGCAGCCUUGUCUCUCCCAUUCGAGGAAUCUUCGUGUCCCUCCCUCAUGUCGUCCAUCGGGACAUUGUCCCGGCGAAGAAUACAUCUGCGUUCCAGUUCCGUGAGGAGAAUGCAAAUGCUCCAAUCAACAACGCCACGUCUCUGGCCAACUCGGAAAAGCGACUGA